AUGUCUGUUUCGUCGUUAUCUUCUCUUUCGGACAACGAAACGCCUUUCGGAAGUCGAAGAAAUGAUAUCAAGCUUGACGCUUUCAAUAAAUAUGACGACAAAGAAUUUCGUGCGCGGUUCCGCGUUUCAAAAGGAACUGUGUUACAUUUGGAUUCUGUAUUCGGUAGCAAGAUAAAACCUUUGACAAAAAGAAAUAGAUCUUUGCAGUCCGUGGAUCACAUAUUGAUAACACUUCGGUAUUACGCUACAGGCAGCUAUCAACGAGUUAUAGGGGACAUAUUCCAUAUUGAGCAACCGUCUGUGCAUCGAAUCGGGCAUAGGGUUACAGAACAUAUAGCAAGUAUGAGAUCUCGUUAUAUAAGUAUGCCAUCUGCUGAGGAACGUUUAGAAGUAGUAAAUGACUUUAAUGUGAUUGCUGGAUUUCCAAGAGUGAUGGGUGCUAUUGACUGUACACAUUGA